AUGGCAAAAGAUGACGGAAAGUCGGACGAGAGACUACAUAUUCGAUUAGAACGAGCUUUGAAAAAUUUCGGACUCAAUGACAAUGCGGGUAUUGUGCUGGAAAAUAAUCCAAGGGAAUACAACGUUAUCCUUGCCGGACCACCACGUGGUGGAAAAUCAACACUGAUCGGUGCUUUAUGUGGUCGAGGACUCAAUGCAACAAAUAUACGCCUAGCUUCCCGUCAAAAAGCUGUUAGCUGCUUUGUUAAAACCGAUCAACGUAAAGGUCUUCCUCAUACUGUCACAUUUUGGUGUACAGUCGGUUUGGACCCUUGGACUAAGGAUUCCGUUAAAUCUUACAUACAUGACAUCGUUCAAUAUCACGCUCCAAUUUUUCUUCUCUUUUGUGCUAGUCCAAUUACUUUCGUCGAAAAGGAACAUUUAAGCUGGUUGAUUGAAAGUUGUAUUGAAGAGAACAUCUUUUGUGCCCUUGUUUGUACUGACAUUUAUGCUCAAACUCGACGGAAUACUACUUCACAAACUUUCAAAGAUAUACUGCAACGAUGGUCGGCCAACGGUUGUUCUUUAAUACCAAUAACUAUUGAUUCAGCGAAACCGUAUGCAUCGUCGAUUACAUUAUUUAAUCACAGUAAAACGAAUCAACCAAUGGCACUCACCUGUCAGGUAAAUAGUAUUGAAUAUGUCAAUGAUUCGAAUCGAAAACCUCCAUCUGGCGUGUUCGAACUCAUCCUAGCUCUCAUGGAUUUGUUACCGGAUGACAAAAUAAACGAAAUGAUUUAUAUGGUAUUGAAUAAUCGACCAUUUUGGACCUAUGUUGGUGAGACUUUUUCUAGUGUUUGGAAUGAAAAGUUUCUUUCCAAUUUCCGUCAUUGGUACGAAACUCAUAGUUGAUUCUUGCAUCGUACUUUCCUCGAACUUUUUAUUGGCUCUACAAGUUCUUUCGUUUUUCCAUCCGUUUAACACAAUACGAUUAAUAUUUUAGCUUUCCAUUAGUUGAUACGAAUUUAACAAAAGACUAUUCUGACAAAAAUAAAUUAAUUAUCCUAUUUUAACUACGUUUUGAAUAUAAUAAAGGCACCAUUUCAUCUGAUGUCUAUCAUGUUUAAAUAAAAUCGUUGCUAGUAACAUUUUAUACAGUUCUAACUUUCUAUUGUGUCUGGAUAUCAUAAGCUUGGAAUAAAUAUGUCGGAAACGAUGGACAGAAAAAUUCAAUAUUUGCAGCAAGUGUCUCAUCCGUAUUUUCGAACAAUAAGAUAUUCUCACUCCCUAAAUUUCACAAACAAUGAUUGUUGGCUACAGAUCUUCAUAUUCAAAACUUUUCAUAUGGACAAUACGUGUCUUGACUUAAACACUGGGUACUCAAAGAAUGGUGGUGCCUUGAUUUAUAAGUUAUGUAUAUUUUCUUCGAUCUUGCAGAAAACGAUACUUUCAUCGCAGAGCUCCUUGUCGUUCGUUCAUUCUGAUUCGUUUACUUUCCUUCUUUCUUUCUCUUCAACUAUACUUGCUUCGACACAGAUCAACUUACAUCAAUUUCGUUCGUUUGAUGACAAUCAUCGCCGAACUUCAUUUUCCAGUGUUUGCCUUUUCUCUUUUCAUCAAUCUGGCGUUUAUAUUCGUUCCGUCUGUGUGUUUAUAUUUCUUCUCUGUUACAGAAUAACUACUCACGAGAUUUACAAUCAUCAAUUUAGUCUAACUCCUAUUUUGUUACUGUACGGGUGGUACCACUUUUGAGUCGAACAUCCUUGACGAUGCGCUUGGCGGAUGUGGGCAUGAGGCAAGUAUCGAUCGCUACAAGACCUACCCCUAUACUCAGAUUCCAUAUCUAAUGAAAACAACGAGAUAAUUUUUUUAGAACCUGCUGUGCAUAAUAGAAAUCCUUGAAUUUCAAUCCAUGUGUGACAUCAUAGUUGUAUCAAUCGAUUAUGUUCUAAAAGCAGGUGUAGAAUACAGUCAAAUCAUUGAAGGACAUAGCAGAGUUCAUCAUAUGAAAGAUAUAGAGAACAAACAAAUUCGAUAUUCAAUCAAAUUUGCUCGUCGGAGGCCUCUACACAGCUCACAGUUGAUCAUGAGUUCAGAUUUAAUAGAUUUAUUUCAAAGUCUAAAUAAGACAAAAUCAUAAAGAACAAUAUUUUGCUCAAAAAUUCGUCUUUUGUUCGAUAAUUUCGGUAUUAUAGUAGUUCGCUCCGGAAGAUGACACGCGACGUACAAAAUCUCGAAUUGGUACGAGAAGACUAGAGGAUGAAGUUGACGAUGAUGGUUCCGGCUUUUUGAAAUCAAACACUUUGACCAAUUGCAAACUGUUUCGAGCGAGUGGAGUCGAUGACAGUCUUCUUUUUGAACCAUCAGUUACUUGAACGUCGAUAUUCAUACGAAGAGAAUCAAUUUUUUUACUGAUUGACGUCAGUUCAGAUUUGACAUAUUUGAACGAUGCAUUGUCGUGCUGAUUCAUCGACGCAAUGAGCUUAUCAAGAUCACUAAGACGG